GGGAGCGCGGCACGUUUGGUGAGCGGUUUGUCGCGCUUUUCCUCCUUUUCUUUCAUUCCAGCGCUGAACAGUUAUUCGGACGGGAGAGGAUGCAGGAAGCGACGUCGCGAGUUCGAGGCAUCGUUGCAGAAAGCGGGGCCCGGUCGUUCCGCAGGGUCCAAAUGUGAUUAUUUGACAGGCUGCAGCUUCUGCAAUCAGUUGACACUCCUUAAGAUCAGUUAUAGGCGCAAACAAUCUUUAUUGCAGAUUUUAAUUCGCACAAUAUCUCAGUACUGGCCGGAAUUAAAACGACCGCCAAUGUUUCAGUGCCAAUAAAUGCUGGCAGAUUCAUGCUGCCAAGAUAAGUAAUCUACUGGCAGCAGCAGAAUGGGAUCACAACAAAGCCUGUCUGUCCAUGCCAGUUUGCAUGGCAUUUCCAAUGAUUCGUGAAGCGCUUUAUACAUGUAUCAUACGAUUUGAGAUUGUGUUUUGAUCGUUGUUCUCGCUUAAUGUUUCGUUCGUGAACUGACUUCCUGUAUCUGACAAAGAUUCAUUUGAAGUGGUCUACAGAGAUGUAGACCGUUACAAAUGCUAUCUGGCCGCUAUAUUUGGAUUAAUUGCACAUGUUCGACUGUCAUUCUAAUAAUAAUCAGGCGGAUUAAACAUUUUAAUUUUAUUUAUUUAACCAUAAGUAAUUUCUGCGCCAUUAGCACCACCAAACGUAAUUGCAAAAAUAAGCAUUGUUUUCAAACAGAUUUCCGAAUACACACUCUGUCUUCCAUUCGUUGUACAAACACAAAGUCCCGCCCCAACUUUAUGCCAUUGGUUGAGUCAGUGUUGUUGUGUGAGGCUGGACAGGUCGCUCAAACUGAUCAGUGUUUGAAAGCACCAAUGAGCCACAGUGUUUACACUUUUCAUGGAAAUCAACCUACCAAUGGUUGCCUCUACAUAUUAAGUUGGGAUAGGAGAAAGUAUUUUAACAUAAUUUGUUUUUUUUUUUUAAGUAUGUUGUGCAUUCUUGUCUCUUAUUCAUACUUUUAUUUUCUUUAUUCCUAUUUUUUGCUGCUGAUAAUGUGGACUGAUCUAUCAAUGCUUCCUGACGUCUGCCACUUCAUCUGGCAUUCCUUUUUGCAAUAAGAAGUGGAGGCAGAGGGCUGCCGUUACUGCUCGUCUUUACUGCUGUUUGAUUAACCAUGAUGAAGACUGAACCCCCGUCUGCAGCCAGUGGCAGCACUACCACCACCCUCGUAGCACGAAGCGCAUCUCCGCACAGAAAUGCCUAUGAGGCUGGAAUUCAAGCUCUCAAGCCAGUUAAAGAUCCCAGUGCUGCAAAUGGAGAGGAUGCGAAACCUCGACCACAGGGCCGUGGCCGCAGGUACGGCUCUAAUGUGCACCGCAUCAAGAACAUGUUCAUGCAGAUGGGCUCUCCUGGGGACGAAGAGGAUCCGACGAAGGCCAAAGCCCAAGACCAGACGGUGCGACUGUCUCUACCCAGAGCCAGCAGUCUGAAUGAGAACGUGGACCACAGUGCGCUUCUCAAACUCGGCUCGACUGUGUCAGAGCGGGUUAGCCGCUUUGAUGGAAAGACUGAUGGUAGCACCUCCCGUGGGUCAAACACAGGUUACUCUAAGCUUCAGGAAACACGAAGAAUAUUUGAACAACGCCAUCUCCAGGAGAAGCAGGCUGCAACAAACCGUAUACUUUUAAAGAAAGAGCGGGCGUCAGGAUUCCAAGAUAGCCGUCUGGAUGUUGUGGUUCGCUUUAAUGGCAGUACUGAGUCAUUGGACAGGCUGGAUGCAGCGGACUAUCCUGCAGAAGCAGUGUCCCCUACAGUCAGCCAGCUGAGCGCUGUGUUUGAAAAAGCAGACCAGCGUAACCACCUCCACCGACCGUCCUCAACUUCCCCACUGCCCUCUCAAAGUGUAAGCCCUACCCCGAGCAAAGUCGGGGGAAUAAACUCCAAAAUCAUCACCAGAAAGGUGCAAGCCUUCCCUACAGCAGAGAAUCAAGAGGACGGAGCUCAGCAUAAAGACCAAGAGGCUGCACCUGGGAGUCCGAAGACCAGAACAGGCAUCCAAUCUGAUGGACCCAUAAAUAAACCAUCUGAGGAUGUCACCGCUGGAACGGAUCUAGAUAAGUCCAGGUCAGAGGAGCUCCAGGACGCAGUAAAGGAAUCCAAACCUGGAGAGCAUGCAGCACCCACCGCGCCAGAUGCAGGGAGCAGACUGGUACAGGCGGAUGUCCACGCUAAUCUGGAAAAUGGGGAGGCCACUAGCAGCCUUGAGUCUUCAGAACAAAGGGAGGAAAUUGGACAGUCAGCUGGAGAGACCUGCAGUGAGGAGGACUUCCACAGAGAGGAUAUCUCUGAAGCAGACCUGGUGGACAUCAGCGCUUACAGUGGCAUCGGAGAGGACUCUGGUGGUAGUCAACUGGAUGAGGAUGAGGAUGCGGAAGAUGAUGAGGCUUAUGAACCAGAAUCCAGCUGUUCAGAAAUCCCCGGGCUGCCAGUAGAAGAUGAACCACCCCCUAGCAGGAAGAUUCGUUUCAGUGUAAACCCUAUCAAGGUUUUCACAACAUACUCAAAUGAGGACUACGACAGACGCAAUGAUGAGGUUGACCCAAUGGCGGCCUCGGCCGAGUAUGAACUGGAGAAGAGGGUGGAGAGACUGGAUCUAUUCCCCGUCGAGCUGGAAAAAGAUAAGGACGGAUUGGGAAUCAGCAUCAUCGGAAUGGGUGCAGGUGCAGAUAUGGGCUUGGAAAAACUCGGAAUCUUCGUCAAGACGGUCACCGAGGGAGGAGCUGCCCAUCGAGACGGAAGGAUCCAGGUAAAUGACCUGAUAGUAGAGGUGGAUGGAACCAGCCUGGUGGGCGUGACCCAGAAUUUUGCAGCAUCAGUCCUGAGGAAUACCAGCGGAACUGUCAAGUUUGUAAUUGGCCGGGAGAAGCCGGGAGAGCAGAGUGAGGUGGCCCAGUUGAUCCAGCAGACUCUGGAGCAGGAAAGAUGGCAGAAAGAAAUGAUGGAGCAACGCUACAACCCCUACAUGGAGGAGGACGAAGAGACGGGUGAGUAUGCCACAGAUGAGGAAGAUGAGAUGAGCCCCAUGUUUCCCAAUGCCAUCGAGGUGUUUGACCUGGCAGAGAAUGAGGACAUGCUCUCUCCUGUGGAGAUGGACCCAGAGAAACUUGCACACAAGUUUAAGGAGCUCCAGAUAAAACAUGCUGUGACUCAAGCUGAGAUUCAGCAGCUCAAGAGAAAGCUGGCUCACGCUGAGCAGGAUAAGCUGCGCUGGCGGAUGGAGAGGGCUCAGUUGGAGCAGACGGUGAGGGAGAAUAAGGAGCGGAUGGAGAAGUUGGAGGGGUAUUGGAUGGAGGCUCAGAGCUUGUGCCAGGCAGUGGACGAACACCUGAAAGAGACGCAGACACAGUACCAGGCACUGGAGCGCAAAUACAGCAAAGCCAAACGCCUCAUCAAAGAGUACCAGCAGAAAGAGAUUGAGUAUUUAAAGAAGGAAACUGCCCAGCGCAGAGCACAAGAGGAAUCAGAGGCCAGUCACAAGGUGGAGACAGAAAAUCUCCAGGAGAAGAUCACUGAUUUAGAAUCAAAGGUAGGCACUCUGAAGAACCUGGAGCCUUCGUAAGCCUCACGCUUCGGAAAAGAUGGAGAGAAUGAAACGCCUUCAACCCCACUCACUCUACUCUCCGACCACAUUUUCCCUCCAUGGCCUGAAGCUGAACUGAAAAACAGGAAACAUGAUGAGGGGAUGUUACCAAGGACAAAGUGGAAACAAACUAACACUGUACCAGACGCCUGAGGGACGUCUACCUAUCAGCCCAACAGGAGACCGUUUUUAUACAUCCAUUUAUUCAUGUUUUCCUUGUUUCUUUUUAAGCGCCCUUACAAGUAUUAUGAGCCUCUCUGCACUCGGCAGGAAUGUUGAAUGGUAAAUGAACACAAACUCAAACUCGAAUGCUUGCAGCAGAAAACAAAACAGCGUACUUCUGGUUUUAUCUCAGACAGAGUCUUAAUCCGUGGAGUAUUGGAGUGAGGGGGGGUCUGUAUAGCAGUGAUUGACAAGAGGACUGUUUGUAUAUAUUCUUGCAUAUGCAUAUAUUUAAAUAUUAAAAUACGCUUUAGCAAUGUGCUGGGGGGAGGAGAGGGGGGUAAGGCUGUACCUUUUCACAUAUAUAGGCUAAUAACACAGUGAAAAUGAUCCAUUUCCAUUUUUUUGCAUGGCAAAAAAGAUGGUAUCAGGUAUUUUAUUUUUCAUUUUAAAACAAAAUUGGCAAACAGGGUGUGAAAAGUGGAAACUUGACAUUUCGAGUUAGCAUUCGGGGGCUUGUAACUUCCCAUGUUUGCUUUCUGUAAAAAAGACACAUUUAUGGAAUGAAUGGGGACUUGAGAGUAAUGGUUUCUUCACUGAGAAAACAUCACUCUUAAACACGGUUAUUGGGUGCAACGCUCAUGUACACUGCACAGUGUGCCUCGGUCUCACCUGCGUUCCCUGUGAAGUUACAGUUAUGAGACAAAACAUGCAUUCAGAGUAAGAAUUCUGCACCAAUCAUAAAUAUGGUCUUAUUUUAUUGCUAACCAAAUCCUUUCAUCAGCCCUCUCUAUUAAUGCAGUCUUUUAGUGUGUUUACCCACAGAUUUAUUGGUAAUGCAUUAAGAUCCUGGAGAAUCCUAAUGUUUUAUGCCCAUUGGCUGUCAUACUCCUCUGUCCUGCUAGACAUGGAUUUAUUCAGUAUUAUCAUUUUGUUAUUUUGUAGUGUUGUUAUGAGCCACUUUUGUCUUCAAUGUUGUUUAAAUUUUAUUUUUAAGUCAAACUCCUGAGAAAACUGGAAUUCUGACAGCUAUUGAUGGAAAAAAUUUGAGGAGGGAAUUAUCUAAGAAAGUAAAAGCACUGUUUAUUUGCAUGUGCUGGUUUAGCGCUCGAUUCACUAGAAUAGGAAUUAUGCAGAUCAGGCUAGGGCUGGGUAUGGAUACAGAUUUCCCGAUUCGAUCCCGAUUCACAAGCUCUCGAUUAGAUUCGAUUCCGAUUCGACGUAGAUUCAUAAGGGUAUAUUUCAGUUAUAAUGUCCCUUUUGCUUACAUAUGAAAGAAUUUCUCUCCCAGCUAAAGCUUUUAAUUAUACAAGGGACCUUCUGACUAGGUACAUUCCGAAAAUAUUAAUUUGACUAAUUAUAUUUUAUUCGUUUUUCAUUAUUUUGGUCACAUUUUAGCUUUUAAAAAUGAACAAAUCCAUGUAGUCAAUCAAUCAAUAUGAUAAUGCAUUGCAUAUUAUUUUUGUUACAUGUUUAUUGUUUAAUAACAUAAUUUGUAACAUUUAUAGGUAUUUACAUUGAUUUGUUGAACACAUGUUAAAAACCAGUACUGUCUCUUUAAGAAAGACGACAUUUCUGUGAACAGCAUCUGUAAAUGAGCACAUGUUAACUAGUGGUGGUGAUUUUGAUUCAUUUUAGUUACUCGAUUCUUUUUAUUCUGUUCACCAAAAAGGAUUCAUUCAGAUUUGUUCAUUGACCGGAUCUUCGUUACAUCUUUGCGCCUGCAGAUGGUGCCAAAUGACCGUCUUUUAAGUAAUUUUAUUGAACCAAAAGCAGUCAACAAGUCUAAUUAUCCUUUAUUAAAAUUCGUCACUAAAGAGUGUUAAAGCAUAAUAAGCUUUUCCCCACAAAUGACAUCAAAAAGCAUAUCUAUCAUACUGUGAACUGCUGAGCAUGACUUAUCAAGCUAGACAAAAAAAAGGACAACAAUACUACCCUAAAAAUAAUUAUGCGUUUCAAUAAUGUCCGUAUGUCAUUGUAAUGUGUGGUCAUCAAUCACUUAUAUUCAUAAUUCAUCCGGCCCCUGUUCUUGUUGAACGAGAUUGACGAUAAAAGCAAACAACAUGCAACACCUCCCAUGAUCAGCAUUCAUGGUGACUGAUUCUUAAUAUCGAUCGCAAACGAGUUUACCAGUACAUUCAGUUCAUUCACGUCACAAACGUAAUGACCGACUAGACAAAUGGAAUUUGCACGUCUAUAAAAGUGCGAAGACACUUCAAAAAACAUUUAAACACCAUAACCGUUUUCACCACAAAUGGCAGGUCUUAUUUUCCCUGUAUUUUGUCAAAUGCUGGGCUUAAUUAUUACCAAGACAAAGAAAAAGUUUAAGAAAAGCCUAAUUAUCUUACACUGUGCAUCAAAGCACAAAAUUUCCAUCUGUAAUUCAUGUCAUUUUUACUCAUUCAUAAAUUGGGGAUCAUUUUUUGAGAAUACCUAUAAACUUGUUUUAAGUGCAUUUCACCCGUCUCUCCUUGUUUAACGCGAUUGACUCACAUGCCGAACUGAACCAACGACAUGCCUCCUCUCAUUCAGUCGAUCAGCAGAUCUUCAUUCGCGAACGGGUUUACUAGUAUAUUCAGUCCGUUCAGAGUACCUCUCAUCUCGUUCAGACUCAAGUGAUCGACUAGUUUAGAGAAGGGGCAUAUUCGUUCAGCGGGUCAAGCCAGUUAUAUGAUCCUUCACAGUGCACUCGAAUGCUUUUGGCUCGUGCUAUAGUCAGUCUUUACAGGCAUGAAAAACAGUAGAGUCCAUUAGCUUCGAAAGGGAGAGACAUCAGUGAGCACGUUUACAUGCACACCAGUUCGCUGAUAACUCCCAAAAAACAGCUUAUUUAAAAAAAUUGAUAAAGCAAGAAAACCGUGUUUACGUUAGAUUUUAAAUAAUCGCGUUAUUCUCUGUUUUUGAUGUCAAACAGUGAAGAGACAUGCGCUCAACAUGUGCAAACAUUGGAUAAGCCGUUAACAAUGAGCUCAUGUUAACGAGAGAGACUGGAACGGCUUUAUCUCAUCUGUCCUACGUGUGAUUAGAAUUAAACGUUUCUUUUUUUGUUGUUUUUGAUCAACAACUGGCUGUAGAGAACAGAACGUUUAUUAAAAGAGACAUUAUUCAAUGACAAAUGGUUCACAUGGAUCUCGUCUUUGGACACAAACAACUUUUACUCCGCUGCUAAAAACUCCACCACUUUACUGCACAAUCACUGUUAAGUGGAAUGUAAAUUUAUCAGCUAGUUGCUAAUAUACAUUUUAGUCACUAGCACGAAAUUUAGUUGCAAAUGCGAGUCAUUUCCUCUCAUUGUAGUAGAGGGUUGCGCAUAGAGUAAAGGAUCGAUCUUGGGAUUUAAGAAUCGAUAUCAUUCAAUGAAGAUCGCGAUGUAUCUGAAAAUCUAUAUUUUUACCCACCCCUAGCAAUUGCGCCCAAAAAAUCUGCUAUACGCAAUUUGCGCAGCACAAUUCAUAUCUUGUCGGUCAGUUCUGAGCGCUACCUGGGUAAAUGCCAGGUUAUAACGCUCUUCUCUAUCAUUUGAUGAAUUACUACUGCUUUGACCAGUAGAAAAUGUACACAAACAUGUCUUUUAAAUAAAAUUCAGUUUACCGCCCGCUUUCCUCCAGCGGUAAUAGCGCAAUGUAAUUAAAAUAGAAAGAAGGCGUGUUUAUGCAGAAAGGAAUGACAGUGACUUAAUUUAAAUACCCAAGACUCAGCACUAUUUCUGCACUGGUUGCACCUGCUAAAACUGGAUUGUGAACCACCAAAAGUGGCACAACCGUUUAGUGAAUACGGCCCUGAAACUUUGAGGGUAUACGUCACCUUAUUUGUUGUGUCAGGACCAGCUUCUGCAACCCAAAUUGUAAACCGCAGAACUUGUCUGAACGUGGCAUGAUACCUCAGUUGGGCUUCAUGCAUAAUACACAAGCAGAAUGAAUUUCUGUGUAAAUUGUCCGUAAAACCUUUCUUACAUAAAUUGUCGCACCAAAAAAAAAAAAAACAAGCAACACAGUUAAUGCAUCAUGAACCAACAAUAAACAAUAGUUUUUUUUUUCACAUUCUGCAACAAUUAUGCAAAAAGGUUUCACAAAUAAUUUACACAUUUGAUUUUCUUGUUUCAUGAAUGAGGCUCAUUGAUUUGAGUACGGAUAAGCAUUCCAAAAUUAUUGACUAUUUGCCUGAGCAGGGUUGAGAAUAAAUUCUUUAGUUUGAUCUGAUAGCUGUGUUCUGUUCUCCAUGUUGGUCCUCUUCCAGUAUGUAAAUCAAAGAACGUCAACAUUUUGUUUGAAGUCCCAUCAAUUUUGUUUAAAAAGUUUGAAGACUGUGUUUUUCAAAUGGAAAGAAUCUGAAUUAUGGUGCAGUAUUGAAAACCCUUGUGAUUAUCAGGGUUUCUUCCCCUUUCUUUCUCGAAAGUGUUUUAUUAUUGUCGUAGAGAUCAGCUUUAUUAUUGGCUGCUCUCAAGAUUGUACAUUUUUCCCAUGAAAGUAUUUGUUUUCUACAGAUUUCUUUUAAUAGUACAAGUCAUCACGUAUUAUACAUGUAUUGAAAGUGUUGAACGCUGAUACCUGCAUCCCAGCAACAGGAUAAUGUUUUAACAACAGAGAGUACAGCAUAGAUCGUAAGACUCUUAAAUAUGGUAUUCUGAAGGCAAGCCCGACAUCUUUUGAACAUUGAUCAUCCUAAACUGUAAUUAGCCUGAGUAUGUUUGUCUCAGUUUUGUCUUAAUAGUUACCUUAAAGAAUUUUUCAAGCAAGAGCGUACAAGUGCUGACUGGAAAAUAUAUUUUCCUUUUUUCUUUUUUUUUCACCAACAAUGGGACUAUCAUCUCAGUUUAGAAGAUGAUGACGGCUCUGAAAGCCAUUUUAAAGCCAACAACCAACCAUUUUCUGAGAAAUGCCUCCAUUUGAAGGAUAUUGGAUCGUUCCACAAUGAUUGAUGCCAUAGUAAAUGUACAGUGAUCUAAAAAAAAUGGACCCAUUUUGAGGGAUUUCUUCAUUCUGGACAGUUGCACAACAAUCAUCUUCCGGGAACUUCACUGUCACAUUUGCUUUGUACAAUUCUGAGUGUCUGUUUGCUGGAAUUUAUCAUUGUUUUAGCGUGCUGGCUAGUACACAACAACUUUGUGUAUGGAUUUCCAGGUGAUGGCACCGUUAAAACAUGAAAACAUUUAAUUUCUUAUCCUUGUGCGUCACACUGUAAAAAACAAGAAAGUUAUGGUGGAAACGUAUACAGAUGGAACACUUUGAAUCUUAUCAAUGCUUUUUAAAUUUCACACGUUUAGCUUAGCUUAGCUGCUACCUUUAAUUAAAUGAAUUUGCUUCCAUGUACAGGAAAGGACUCAGUGUUGCUGUCCUCACUUGCUGGUGUAAUAGUUGGUUCCUCUUUAUAUUUGGUGUCUAAUAAAGUGAAUACAGAAUAACAGUAGUUUGAAGUUGUUACAUUGUGCUGGCAUUGAACAAGCAGCAGCUUGCUUAGAUAUAUUGGAGAGGGGGGAACUAUUUACAAGUCAACAAUAUGUAAUUUAAUUUAAAUUGAGUAAUUACGGUGCAUUUGAUUGAAUUAUGAGCACAUUUGUUUGACACCUAACAUAAAGCUGGAACACCACUUACUGUAUUUUAUAGUUGUUUUACAAACACUUGACUCCAUUUCCUCUGUACUGACUUUAGUUCUUUUUUACCCCUGCUAUGUAAAUUGCUACCACAUGAACCUGAAGGUGUUCUCCAUUUGAAAUAAGCAUCAUCAUGUUGAAUACCCUAAUAUAGCACACAUACAUCAUCCAGAUAUCUAUUUGAUGUGUGUGUUUACAUAACGUUAUAUAACUGGAUAAUGUUUUUGUUUUUUUUUUAGGUUGUUUGCUCAGCAAUAUGUCUGUAAGACAUUCAUCAGAUGUCUUUGAAUUAUUUAUGAUUUAGAAUGUUUGUUAAUCAGAUCUUUUUAAGAUGUUUAGCAGAUGUUAAUCAGAAUGUGAUGCUUUCCAGAUGAAAAGAUCUAAAACAGUUGCAGAUGUAUGUGUGCUAUCUGGGUAAUACUGUCAUUAAUAAUAAAUGCAGAAAUGUGCUAAUCCACUGUCAA